ACAUUAUCUUUUAGUGAAAUAGUGCGUUUGGGAGAACACACCUGGUAUCAAACUGUGGACUGUAAUGACGAUCAUGAUUGUGCUCCUCCUGUGCGGGAUUACAAAGUGGAAUGCGUAGUUUGGCAUCAAAAUUACAACGAAAAAACUGAAUUGCACAACAUGGCAUUAAUCAGACUGGGUAAAAAUGUGGUGUUCGAAGAUCACAUCCAACCAAUUUGUCUUCCACUAACCCACGAACUAAAAUCGACCGAAUUAAGGAGCUACAUCAUUACCGGUUGGGGUACAACAGAACAUAACAAACUAUCGAAAACGCUGCGCAAGGCAACCAUUAUGGCAGUGAGUGGUCGGCAAAAAUGUCACCGAUUGUUCGCGGGGGCUCAGUACGAUCCCAAAGCCAUUUGUUCCGAUCAGUUUUGUACGGUAUCGGAGAAUUCGCCGGCCUAUUGCUAUGGAGACGGAGGGGGACCCCUGGGUCAAACGGUACGAUUCAACGGGUUGCGCUUCGUACAGUUUGGCAUCUUUUCGAACGGAUGGGGUGAAUGCUCCCGGUCGAAUAUCGUUUUUACCAAAGUGGGUGCCUACAUGGACUGGAUUCUGGCCAAUGUGAGACCAUGAGCAUCAGAUAGAAGUGGUAGAUUCCACAUUUUAGAACAUCAUUCAUAUAUUUCGACUGCUACUGAUUUGAAAACAUACUCUGAAUAUUUGAAAAAUCAACGUAGAUUUGAAGUGAGUUUCAAAUAUUAUGUAAUGUUUUUUUUUUACAGAAGGAUGGUUUGUUUCAUAAUUAACUUGUUUCAGCAGUUGAAUUAGGUAGCAAAACGUAAGGAAGAUUGAAAAAGGAACAAGAAAUACUUAAAACAUUCGAUUGAAGGAUCAUCAGAUUAGUCGAAAACCCAUUUGGGAUAUGCAAAUCAAAGGCAAUCGACGGUGUAUGUUAUAUUAACAAUAUGGAAUGAUAAUAUGUGUUGCAACUGUAAACAAGAUAAUAAAUUGAAUAUGGUGUAUAUAAUAAAUUUGAAUAGAUCGUCUUUAUUGUGUAGAGGUUAGCAACAGAAUAAAAUUUUUAUAACUUGUUGAUAACAGAUUGCUAUGCACAUGUUGCAGCAGUGUUCGGUUUGUACUCCAAUAUCCCCGGUCAAACGAACAAUCCUAUUCGCGUUUUAUACCUUUUUUCACUGUGCGAUGUUUCCAUGAUCUUCAUUCUACCCUUCUCGAAAUUUAGUUCUACCUACAAUUCCAGGAAAUGCUUUAGUUCGCCCAUAUCCGUCAUCUGGAAACGUUUGGUAAACAUCCUUCUGAUCUUCUCUACACAAUCCAGUGAGUUAAAAAAAAACAAUGAGAACAAUGGGUUCGAUUCCUGCCGCAGCUGUCAGGAAAAGUUUUCAGCUGUGCUACUGGGCGUUGCAUGCUAGUCGUUCGUUUGUCUAGUAUCGUGCUUACUCGCCUUCUAAGAGCAAAUAGUUCUUUGGAUACAUCGCACGUGUCCGUGUUUUUUUAGUGUUCCUUCCGGAGGCUUCGGUACCAGCUCCCAGGUAUCAUUUUCCGUAAAGAAUUAAGCUCGCAGUCGAUGGUAUCUUUCUAGUACGUCCAGUCACUACGUUUUUUUCAGCUCUCUAGCUAUGAUUGAUGGUAGGCUAUCUACGCACGCCUCCGCAUUAAAUGCAUACAUCAUCACGGAUUCAUCUAUCGUCUCGUUGGUACCUGCGAGACUUUGAUCGCCAGAAUUUGUUCCAAAACUAGUAAUAAGUUCUAUGAACCCUCCGAGGAUUCUGUGUUUCCGUCCGCUGUGCCUCGUGAAAUUUCUACAGGGUAGGUACCACCUUCUAUUUGCGAAGGGAGCGCUCCAGUCGGUUUGUUAGCCUCGUGAAUCACUUUAGCUUCUUCAUCCACUGGUUGUUCAUCGAAUUGUGAAGCUUCUAGAAUAUGAAUCUACGUCGCUUCCUCAAUUUUCUUUGAUGUAGUUUCUACCAUCUUGUGUUUCCAAAGACUCUACAAAUUCGCGGUGCCUUGACGUCCAAUGUCUUCUACUUUGCAAAAAAUAUAAUAUGCAACAAUUCGAAUCCGUUGCGUUUGGACGCCAUCGCAAUUGCACUCGCUUCUGUGUUAACCUUCCAGGACGCGCGCCAUCAAGCAACCGAAACUGCACCACGCUCGCGCUGUAUACGAAAAGCGAGGUUUUUUGGUAGUGUUAUACUUUUUACAACAGCGCGCGCGCUGAAGGGUUAACUAUCAUGUAGAGAUAUAUCUAACGCACACAACUGACCAGCUCGAUGACCAGUGCCCACGAUUCGUCCAUUCUUCUUCGUCCGAUCUUCAUCGCCAUUCCACUAUCAUCCAAUCGUCGCACCGAAAACAAGUUGCACUGUAACUCCGGUACGUAGAUCACCUAGUUUACCAUGGCCGGCUGCCGACUUCCGACUCACUGCUUCCACUGCUGAUACUCAACUAAUUGUCGCAAUAAACGCCAUUUCUCGCUCGUUACGUUCACUCCAGCUUUCUGUCGGCUAUCAGGUUUUCCGCCGGACUUCCAAUUCUCUUCUCGAUCCUUCCUCUUGGCCUGACCGGGUUUCGGGGCAGUCUGCUCGCUUAUGUCCAAAACGUCCGCAUCUGUAACACUUGAAAUCAACUUUUCUCCCGGCGAAGGCAGUUUCUCUAGUGUCUUCCGAGCUUGUCGAAAACUUACCGGACCGCUUCACCUGUUCAUCUAAUAGUCGUUUUUUUCACGUAUUCAAUGGUUGAAUACGUCUUUUUCUUCAGUCUUCACACAAACAGCUUUUAUCUCACGAAGUACCUUCUAAAACUGGAGCAGAGAAGAUUUCACAUUUUCUCCUUCUUUGAGUCACAGUUCUUGAAAACACUUCCCAAAAAAACAUUAUUAUUAAACGACACGAGAGUAUGAGUCACUGCAUGAAAUUCUCUUCUUCUCUUUUCACUCUUACAGAAAUUUUGUAAACAACAAGGCCAAGAAACGUUAAAAUCCCAUACAAAAUCAAAAGAAUGCAGCGUUCGAAGGUAAGCUGCUGCCACCAGGAAUAAGUUUACUGUAUGCGUGAAGGACCGUUUUUUUUAGCAUGGGAAUUUUUUAGAAGCAUUUUAAAAUUGACUUCUUAUUCUUCCCAUGUUAAAAAGUCGGUGCUUCACGCACAUGAUCAACUGUGGUAAUUUGCUUCGUAGUCAACAAUUCGAGAGUUCGAAGGUACGCUGCUGCCACCUGGAAAAAGUUUACUGUAUGCGUGAAGGACCGAUUUUUUAGCAUGGGGAAGCAUAGGAAGUCAUUUUUCUAAUGCUUCUAAAAAAUUCAAAACAAUAUUUAAUUAAAAGUGGGUUGGUAUACAUGAUGAGAAAUUCAAUUAGCAAACUUUUUAGCAUAUAAAUUUAAUCAAAAAGUUUUUUCCCAGAUUAGGUACUAAUUGUGUAGAAAACGAAGAUUCUUAACUCGUACAUCAAUCCGUUUUUAAUUAAAUAAUGUUUUGAAUUUAUUAGAAGAAUUUUAAAAUUGACUUCCUAUGCUUCCCCAUGUUAAAAAAUCGGCGCUUCACGCACAUGAUCAACUGUGGUAAUUUGCUUCGUAGUCCCCAAUAGGGCACUGCAAGCCACAGGCUUUGUUGUUCACGAUUCGAGCUUAGAAAAAUUUCGUCAGCUUUUGGACUUUACAAAAUGUUUGCCAAAAAUCUUUAUUACACCAAAGAACCUAACCUCAAAAUGACUGACAACUCUCAGGACAUUUUGACAGAUUCCAGUAGUUACACCGGAAUUUCUCCAGGAGUUCUCUCGGGGAUUACUUCAGAAAUUUCUUCAGAAACUCAUUCCAAAAUUAAAGAUUUAUUCCAGGAAUUCCAUGCGGGAUUCCUACCGCAGCUUCUGAGAUCCUUCCAGGAAUACUACAAAAAUGAGCAGUAAGUGGUUCAAUUUAGAUAUGACGAAAUCAAAUUUUCAGCACUGCCUUCAGGAAGUCGGAAAAACUUCUGAAAACAUUUCAAAAGAAGCUAUAAGAAGAAGCUGAGAUGGAAUUCCUGGAGGAUUCCAAGAGUUCCUAGAAGAAACCCCUUGAAGUCCCUGAACAAAUCUCAGAAGGAAUUCUGGCACGGGUUUCUGGAGGAAUCUCAAGCAGAAUUUUUAAGGAAUCUCAGAAGUAACUUCUGGGAGCUCCCUGCGGAUCGCAGAAGGAAAUCCUAGAUAGAUCCAGAGAAACCACAAAAAGA